AUGCGGGCAAUAGAUACUUAUGAUACGGGUUUAAGAAAGUACCCGAACUCCUUUGAUCUCGCCUAUAACAAGGCUCGGGUACAAUAUGACAUCACUCAGCAUCCCAAGCUCGCUUCUCAGCUACCUGCACCUAUGGCUGAAAUUCUCCAGAUUGCGCUAAAGUCCCAUAGGGAGGCGCUGAGCAAAGACCAAGACAACGCAGAUAUCCUCUUCAACACAGCGCAAGUAUUAACAAGCCUAGCGGAGGUGAUUGGUGAGGGGAAGCAUCCUUCGGGUCACAAAGCCCAAGAAGCUAUCAAAUAUCUUCAAGAAGCGCUCGAGUUGUUCCAAAGAUGUCUUGCGAUCCAAGAGUUGCGCUUUACUGAGUACCAAGAGCAAGUAAACGCAAUGGAGUCUAACAUAUCCGAACAGCCUGAGACUGAGCAAUUACCACCUCCGGAGUCGUCCUUGCCCGCGUCCACACCGGUAGAACAGUGGGCAGUUGUGGUCGAGCCAGUCACUAAGAACACCCUAGUCGACACUGCUAUAGCGCAACUCGAGACAUUGGCGACUCUCUGUGGAUUGCUCAUAUACGAUUCCAGUACCAGCCUGGCCUGGAUCGAGGAGUAUUCGUCCGAUCUUCUCAGAGAGAAGAUCAACGCGUAUGCAGAGGGAACGGAUCGAAAGAAGGACAUCGCGUUGGCGCGUGCCAGGUUUAUUGCAGCAUUUACGGAGCUAGUGUAUCGGAAUGGGCAAAUCGAUCUUGAAACAUAUAAAAAUGAGCUCAAUAGCGCCUAUACCGAUGGACUCGACGUUUCGGGUGAUCCGGCUGGUCUAUGUAGCCAGGCAGAAGCACUGGUGGCUUUCAACUCUGCCAUGGCAGAUACAUUCAGCCCCGAUAGUCCCGAAGAAUUAAAGAUUGCGUUGGAUCUGCGAUGGAAAUCUCUCUCUUCGGCUCUGGACUUCUUGACCGCCGCCUCCAAGCUGCCCAGUGCUGGCGAGAACCUUCCCAAAAUACACGUCGCACGGGGUGAUGUAGAAAUGUAUCGGCUACGUUUGGGAAAAGCUCCGUGGAACUAUGGGCCAGCAAGCGCAAAUAGUGCACUACUACUAAAAAACGCGGAAACAUACUACCGGGGAGGGGCGGCCAUAGCUAGGCGAGAUGGAUGGACAGCGGAGGAGAGAGAAGGGACGUUCAAAGAGGCAUUAGCAAAGGUGCUUUCUGGGGAUCCUAGCCAGAUGGAAUCGUUGUUAACGAGUGACAAAGAGGGGUUAACUCAAGUCGCGGAGGACAUGGCUGAGGAUGGCUUGAUCACCAACAAUGACCUGGAGAAGAUAUUACAUGACAUGGCACCGGACGAGAUCGUUUUCUAA